CAUAUUGAUCAACAUUUGCCGGGUCUAGACAGACAAAAUAUUGUAGAGGAACGUCUGUGUUUGUUGUUAACCGUGAUUCUUGAAAUUUCGUUUGGCUACAAGAAGAAAAUUUGUCCCCCAGUUUCCAAGUCUUUAAAGGAAUGAAUGAUUGGCGUCCUUUCAUUUAUGGAGGAAUUGCAUCCGUUGCUGCUGAAAGUGGUACUUUUCCAAUUGAUACAACAAAAACUCGUCUUCAAGUUCAAGGCCAGACAAUUGAUGUCCGCCUGAAGGAGAUCAAGUAUCGAGGCAUGACCCAUGCCCUAAAACGCAUUUAUUUUGAAGAGGGCAUCAGGGCAUUAUACUCGGGAUUAGUACCUGCAUUGUUCAGGCAAUCAGCCUAUGGAACUAUAAAGAUUGGUGUGUACUAUUCAUUAAAAGGCUUUAUUGUUCCAAAUCCAAAAGACGAGACAUUACCUAUCAAUGUAUUCUGUGGAGUGGUUGCAGGUGUUGUGGGAAGUGUCAUAUCAAACCCCACAGAUGUACUCAAGGUGCGUAUGCAAGCUCAAACGGCGAAUGGCAGCAGAGAAACUUUUACACAGGCAUUUACCAAAAUUUUCAAACAGGAAGGAAUUCCAGGCCUUUGGAGGGGAGUCAGUCCUACUGCCCAGCGGGCGGCCAUCGUAGCCGGGGUCAUUCUUCCUGCGUAUGACAUCAGUAAGUUACAGCUCCUUAACCUGAAUAUGGAGGACUGCAUGGCUACACACUUUAUGGCAAGUUUUAUUGCUGGUGUGAUAGGAGCUGUGUUUUCGACACCAAUUGAUGUUGUCAAGACAAGAAUGAUGAACCAGAGAAGGUACAGGCCUUCAGUAUUAAGAUCUGGUGUUGAGAUUUUCCCAAUUUACAAAUCUUCCAUGGACUGCCUAUUUCAGACUGUUAAAACAGAGGGGCCAUGUGCAUUAUACAAAGGCUUUUGUCCAACUUGGGUUCGACUUGGCCCAUGGAAUAUUAUUUUCUUUCUGAUGUAUGAACAACUGAAGAAGGUGUAUUGAUGGAUGACCAAACAACUUUGAUAGCAUGUCCGGCAUUGUCCACAUCCACUGAUGUCAAUCGCUAUACAACAUGGUCAACAUAUACAAUUAGUUGACAGUUGCUUAGUUGUUCUGAUCUGUUGACUUCUAUACCAUCUAGAGUAUAUCUCAACUCUAACAGAUGUCAGUAUUUGGAACCUAAAAAAGCAAUUCUGACCAGAUGGAAGGCAUCCCUCCAAAGCCAUUAGCCAAUUCCAACACUUGGAAGAACAACUUGAUAUCAGAUAUCAUUUGAUAAUGCUUUGAAAGGACAUUAUCUUUAAGCUCAAUUUCUGCACAAUAUUGAGAAUUACUAUUACCGUGGUAUUCAGUUUUGGGGUACAUUAUGAAAUUUGAAGUAUUAGUCAAUAUGGACUACAUUUUAAAAUGAGUUUAAACUUUUAUUCAAGGUUGAGCAUGCAACCUCCUAAAGACACAUAAUGUUAGAAUUUAUGUACAUACAAAGUUGUACUUGGUAAAUUGCUUAUGUUUGAAUGCUGAACAAUUGUCAUUAUACUUUGUUAUGCUUUCCUGGCAAGAUGUACAGUAUAUUCUUUCUACCACAGAGGUCUCAUUUUACAAGUUACAUGUAUUCCAGUCCAUAUAUUUUUAAUUGCUCAUUGUAAGUGAUAUACAGGGUACUUUUCAUUCAUACCCACUUUUUUUAAAAGUAUUUUUGUUGUAGUUUUCGAGACGAAUAGUACUCAACAAAAUUGUUAAAGCAAAAUUUGGCAAAAUAAUAAAAGGAGAUAAAAUAUGAA